AUGGACUUUGACGCCAGCCUGUCGCCGGACGACAGCCUCGACCCCCCGGUGCGCCUCUUUGAACGGCUCCACCAGAUCGCUGGGUACUCGUGGGACGAGACCCCAAAGCCGUACCAUUCAAGCUACGACAACUGGCACGUGUUCGGCACGCGCUUUAUCUCUCCGUUCUCGACGUCGUCUGGCCUGCCCACUGGCUUGCGCCAUGCUUCCACGUGGUCACCCGUUGCCAGGGCCUCGUCUAGCCGGGCCUCGCCUGCUGAGCCGCCCGUCUUCUCUCCAUCAGCAGGCGAAUGGGUGGGCGACCAUACCGGCAACGCAUCGCCCUCAGCCAACUCGGCCACGCCCGACCUUGCCAACUCGCCGGUCGUAGAGGAAGCCGUGGUGGCACGGGUGUCUUACCAUGUCUUGCGGGAGGAGCGGGCCUUCCACAUUGUGACUAGCAUGAUCUCGAGCGGGGAUCCGCACGGGGAGCACAUUGCCAAGCCAAUCGACUACCUGCGGCUCAACCAUCUCCCAGGCGACCGCGGGCCUCUCAUCGUGGCCAUAUACCAGUUCCCGGGGACGAACGACCUGCCGAGAUACAUCGAUCUCGGCCCCGCAUUCUACUACGCCCACCGCAAGGGCGAUGUCUGGGAGGCCAGCACCAAAUCCCGCUAUGAGCUUGAGCCGCCCAUCAGCCUGGAUCACUUUCUCGACUUUGCCAUUGGAGCGGCGCAAUGCCUGGAGCUCAUCCACCACAACCAGAACAUCGUGCAUGGAGAGAUCCGCGGCGACGCCUUCCACUUUAACCAGGAGACAGGCAGGACGAAGCUGGUGUCGUUCGGGUCGGGCGUGCGGUCCUUUGAGCACGGCCUGACGAGCACCGGCUGGUCUUCGCUCUCCCGAGAGCGAGGAGCCAAGAACAAGCUUCUUUACAUCAGCCCCGAGCAGACCGGCCGCAUGCCGGCCGAGCCAGACUCCCGCACCGACAUAUACUCGCUGGGGGUGCUAUACUGGGUCAUGCUCACGCAGCGCCCCGUCUACGAAGGAGACACGCCAAUGGACAUUGUGCAGGGCGUGCUGGGGCGCCGGGUGCCGAACGUGUCGGCCGUGCGAAUCGACAUACCCGACGUGAUUGGCCGCAUCAUCCAAAAGUGCACCGCCAAGAGCAUCAGCGAUAGAUAUCACUCUGCGAGCGGGUUGCGCCAAGACCUGGUCAAGGUGAAGGAGUGCCUCGCGAGUGGCGACCUAGCCACGCUGAAGGACUGGCAGGUGGCCUCUCGUGAUGUCUCGUCCUUCUUUCUGCUGCCCAACCUGAUGAUUGGCCGGGAUGCACAGCGGAAGGCGCUCUUCAAGGUCAUCGAGCGCGUGGCCAAGAGCCAUGCCAUGGACCAGAAAGGCAAGGGCAACCGGUUUUCGGACAGCUCGAGCUUCUCCAACGACUUUGUCGACAUUGUCGAUGGGUCGAGCGACGGUGGAGCAAGCUCUGGAGACGGUCCCAACUACCGGAGCGGCUCCUUCACCCAGACGGCUCCAACUGACGUCAAGUUCCGGGGCAGCCUCCUCUCUGCUACGCAGUCGACCGACAAUCUCACCGUGUCGGGAGACAUGUCGUCGAUCCAUUCCAACGGGCCGCCGCUCCGUCUUCCCCAGCGAUCUUGGGAGUGGCAUUCGUCCGUGUCGUUUGAUCUCCGGAGCCCACUGGAAGGCUCCAUGACCGAGCGCGAAUCGUCGCGCCAUGCUGGGUCCAUCGUGGCAGAGACGACGUCCAGCCUGUCACGGCAGCUCGGGUCGGCCAAGUUUCGACGCCGCGGUCACUGUGAGAUCAUCAUCGUCGAGGGUGCUGUGGGCGUGGGCAAGAGCUGCCUCAUCCAGUCUGUCAUGACGGAAGCACGACGACGAGGCUACUGUGCGACGGCCAAGUUUGACAAGGCCAGGAAGGCUGCCUUCGGACCUCUUCUCCACCUGCUCUCGUCCCUCUUCCGCCAGGUAUGGGGUGAGCGAAACACGGACACGCCCUUUCACCAGGCCCUGAAGCAGUAUGUCCGGCCUGUGUGGCCGACGCUGCAUCUGCUCCUGGGCCUGCCGGAUUUCCUCUUCAAUUCGGCAGACGGAGCACCCGUCCUGUUGCGCUCGCCGUGCAGCCAGCAGUUUGGGGCUCCACCCAGCAAGGGCACGCGGCCUGCGGACCUCAAACGUGUCUCGUCGCCGGGACCGUCUUCAUCGUCGUCGAGCAUGGGCCCUAACAAGGGCAAUUCUGCGGGCGGCAACCCGUCGCGAAUGUCCGGCUCGAGCUCGCAGGAGUUUUUGAGGGCCGGCACGUCGACCAAGUCCAUUCGGCUGAUGAACACAAUCCUCGAUGUUCUGCGCAUGUUCACGAGCCACAAGUUUAUCUGCUUCGUCCUGGACGACCUGCACUUUGCCGAUGCCGAGUCGCUGGAGAUGAUUACUCAGAUCAUCAGCGCACGUCUGCACAUGGUGCUCAUCAUCUCAUGCCGGCCGGACGGCACGGCUCGCAGCAAUAUUCAGAGCAUACUGAGCCCGCUCGAACUGGACAGAGAUGCGCCAAAGGGCAGUCAGACGGUGACGCGUGUUGAGCUCGGCCCUCUUGCCGAGCAGGACAUUGUCAAGUAUGUAGCCCUGACGCUCAGCCGAUCGGAGCAAGAGGUCAUGCCACUGUCGCUGGUGCUGCAGGCAAAGACGGCGGGCAACCCGUUCUACAUGAGGGAGAUGCUCAGCGCGUGCUACCGACGGAAGUGCAUCUGGUACGACUACCGCGAGUCGCAGUGGGCUUACGACAUGAACCGGGUGUUUGAGCAGUUCCAGGGCGACAGGCACUACGACAUCCUGGACACGGACUUUAUCACGAACCGGCUCAAGGAGCUCCCGGCGGCAACGCGCUCGAUUCUCGGCUGGGCUGCGCUUCUGGGGAACGCGUUCUCCUUCGGGAUGAUCUGCCAUCUCCUGAGCGGCGAGUUCAACUACAUCGACGAGACGUGUCCGGAGCCGCUGAGCACGCACGUGCACACGGCGUAUUCGCAGCAGGACGCGGUAGCCGGUCUGCAGGUGGCGAUCCAGGCGUGCGUGAUCGUGCAGAGCGAGACGGACGACCGGUUCCGGUUUGCGCACGACCGGUACAUCCAGGCCUCGAUGGACAUGAAGGUGUGCAGUGCCAAGAAGAUGCACUUUGUGAUUGCGCAGAUGCUUCUGCGCUACUACAACGACGACGUGGACACGCGCGACAGCACGGCGUCGCACAUCUGCGAGGCGAUGGAGGUGAUCAAGGCGCGGGUGCACCGGCGACAGGCGUAUCGCAAGCUGCUGUGCGACUGCGGCCGCUCAGCGACGGAGAACGGGGCGCGGUCGACGGCGGCCAAGUACUACAGCAACGCGGUGUCGCUGCUGCAGCCAGACGGAUGGAGAGACGACGGCGACGACGUGUCGUACGAAGAGACGAUCCAGCUGUACCUCCGGGCGGCCGAGUGCUAUCUCUACAUGAACCAGUACGCGCUGGCCAACGAGAUCCUGACGACGAUCCUAGCCAACGCAAGGUCGGCAUUCGACAAGGCGCCAGCAUGGGUUCUGCAGUCGCGCAUCUUUGCCCAGAGCGGCAACCCGAUCAAGGCGCUGUCGUCGCUCCGGGAAUGUCUGCAGGCGAUGGACGUGCGCGUGCGAGACGAGCCGACAUAUGAGCAGUGCGAUGCCGAGUUCGAGAAGCUCUCGGUUCGGAUCCAAGGCAUGGGGCGCAGCGAGGUGCUCAACCCGCCGACGACCAACGAUGCGGCGACGGUGUCGGUGGGCGCGGUGCUGGCCGAGGCGCUGAGCACGAGCUUGUGGACGGACAACCUCUACAUCUACCACGUUGCGCAGGCGAUGGUCAACAUGCACCUGACGCUGGGGCCGUUUCCGCAGUCCGGACUGGGCUUCCUGUACCUGGCCAUCAUGGCGAUCACGCGGUUCGGGAUGAUCCGGUUUGCGUCGGACCUGGGCGACUAUGCGCUGGAGCUGCUGGAUCGGUUCCGCGACCCUUACUGCAUGGCGCGCGGCUACAUCCUGUAUGCCGGCUUUGUGGGCCACGUCCACUACCCCCUGGCGCUGACGGUCACGCAGCUGGAAGGGUCGCUGGAGUAUGGGGCGGCAUCGGCGGACCGGAUGUCGGCGAUUCUCAACUUCGGGGUGGCGGCCAUGAUCAAGUUCUUUGCGAGCGAGAACCUGUCGGACCUCGAGGGCUUCUGCGAGUACUGCUGCGAGGACAUUGCGAGCUGGCACCUGGACACGCAGGGCGGCACUUUGCUGGUGGCAGUGCGCCAGUGCAGCCGGGCGUUGCAGGGGAAGACACACACGCAGGAAGCGCUGGACGUGAUGAGCGACGAGCAGCACGACGCGGCCGCGUACAAGAAGUGGCUCGCGGCGCACUCGUGCAACGGGGAGCGGUCGCUGGUGUUCUACGAGUCGAUGGAGCUGGUGCCGCUGUAUCUGUACGGGCACUACGACCGGGCGCUGGAGUUGGGCCAGCGUUGUCUGGGCCGGGGCCGGCUGAUGCUAUCGGCGCGGAACACACGGCUGGUGAUGCUCUUUUACGGGCUGGCGCUGGCCGGACUGGUGCUCCGGCGGCAGCAGGACCCGCGGCGACGACGCGACGGCGACGGCGUGGUGGAGGAGCAAGACCGGACGGAAGACACGAUCCUGAAGCUGCAGGAGCUGCGCAAGGGCAUACAGGACUGGUCGGACGUGUCGGACAUCAACUACCUGGCCUGGUCGACGCUGCUGGACGCACAGAUCUCGGAGCUCAGCAACGACGUCGGCCGUGCGCUGCGGCAGUACGAAGAGGCGCUGGACCACUCGUCGGAACACAGCUUCAUCUUCGAGGAGGCGCUGGGCAACUACCUGAUGGCGGGCGUGUUUAUCCGCAGGGCAGCGCGGCGGUCUGCACGUGCGGCUCUGCGCGAUGCCGUCGGGCUGUACCUGCAGGUCGGGGCGUCGGGCGUGGUCGGGCGGAUCGAAGAAGAACACAGCUUCCUGCUGCGAAGCCCACUGAAGAACCCACGGACAGUCGACGCGGCAGUGCAGACAGACUUUGCGACGGACCACACGUCAGUGCACUACGACGGCAUCGGCGGCGGCGGCGAGAUGGACCAGCAGACGAACAGCGACAUUCUCGAGACGGGUCGGCCGAGCCAUCUGUCGGGGAUCCGGGGCGAGCGAAUCGGCGUGUGGCGAGGGGCAAUGCAGGCCGAAGCCGAGACGGGCAUCGGCGGACUGCCGGCACUGGACAUGAUCGACCUGCACGCGAUCCUGCAGUCGUCCCAGGUGAUCUCGUCGGUGCUGCGGGUGGACGAGCUGCUGAAGACGAUGUGCGAUGUGAUCCUGCAGACGUGCGGCGGGUCAGCGACCCAAGCAGCGAUCAUCGUGCAGGACGAAGACGAGGCAGAGUGGUGUGUGGCGGCAAGCGGUGAUCCGGAGCGCAAGGCGGUGGCACACAUGCCGGGGAUUCCGCUGACAGGGACGCGGAUCGUGGCGGAGAACGUGGUGCUGUACAGCCUGCGAUUCCGGGAGUCGGUGUUUGUGGCCGAUCUGAUCAGCGACGAGCGGUUCGGCAACGUCAGCGAGCAGUGGCUGCAGCAGAAGAAGCAGCAGAGCCGGUCGGUGAUCUCGAUCCCGAUCUGCCACGCAUCGAACCCGCUGAUGGGGGUGCUGUACCUGGAGGGGGUGCAGGGAGCGUUUACGGACCGGAACGUGACGGUGCUGCAGCUGCUGGUCAACCAGAUCGGCAUCAGCUACUCGAACGCGCUGUCGAUGAAGGCGACGGAGAAGGUGUCGGCCGAGAACCGGUCGAUGGUGGUGUUGCAGAAGACAGCGCUGCGCAAGGCGAUCGAGGCAGAGAACAAGGCGAAGGAGGCAGAGAACAAGGCGAAGCAGAACCUGCAGCUGGCCGAGGCAGCAGAGGCAGAGGCGAAGCGGAACGUCAAGGUAGCGGAAGAGGCGACCAAGGCCAAGUCGAUAUUUCUGGCGAACGUGUCGCACGAGCUGCGGACGCCACUGAACGGCGUGAUUGGCAACUCGGAGCUGCUGCGGGACAGCAGCCUGACGGCAGAGCAGCAGGAGAUGGCGGAGGCGAUUCGGCUGUCGGCAGACCUGCUGCUGAUCGUGAUCAACGACAUCCUAGACUUUUCGCGGAUGGAGGCCGACAAGAUGAAGCUGUACAUCACCGCGUUCAACCCGCGGGAGCUGAUGCCGGAGGUGGUGCGAGCGGCGUCGUACCGAAACCAGGAGAAGACGCGGGAGGGCGCGGUGGCGAUCGAGAAGCAGAUCCGGCUGCCACCGUCGCUGUUUGUGUACGGCGACCCGGUGCGGCUGCACCAGGUGCUGGGCAACCUGAUCGGCAACAGCAUCAAGUUCACGGAGCGCGGCACGAUCACGGUGGGCGCACGGGUCGAGUCGGAGACGGCGGCGACGGUGACGCUGACGUUCUGGGUCGAGGACACGGGCAUCGGCAUCCAGCCGGACCAGCUGGCCAACCUGUUCCAGCCCUUCAGCCAGGCGGACCCGAGCACGGCGCGCAAGUACGGUGGCAGUGGGCUCGGCCUCAGCAUCUGCAAGUCGCUGAUCGAGCUGAUCAUGAAGGGCAGGAUCUAUCUCGAGAGCACACAGCACGUCGGGACCAAGGUCUGGUUCACCGUUACCUUUGACAAGGCCACGGAGAAGGGGCUGUUGGGAGGGGUGUCGCCGGCCACGGUGGCGGCAUCAUCACCAGGUGGAGGGGGGAGUGGGAGAGAAGGGGGGGAUGGAAGAGAAGGAAGAGAAGGAAGAGAAAAGAGAGGGGCGACUGACCCGACUGACCCGACCGAACCGACAGAAACCCACACGGCACACACCACGCCCUACAUGGACCUCAGCGGGAUCGACCAGGACCAGCUGCGGGUAUGCAUUGCGGAAGACAACCCGAUCAACCGCAAGAUUGCGAUCCAGUACGUGCAGAGGCUCGGGUACCAGACCGUGGACGCGUACGAGAACGGGCAGAUGGCGGUGGAGGCGCUGCGGCAGAAGGCGCUCGAGGGCCGGCCGUACCACGUCCUGUUGAUGGACGUGCAGAUGCCCGUACUGGACGGCUACGAGGCGACGAAGUUGCUGCGCAGAGACCCCCUGCGAGCCGUGCGCGAGGUGCUGGUGAUCGCCAUGACGGCGUCGGCCAUCCAGGGCGAUCGCGAAAAGUGUCUGGCCGCGGGCAUGAACGACUAUCUGGCGAAGCCGGUCAAGUCGGACGUGUUGCGGCGGAAGCUGGACGUAUACAUUGGCGUGCGACACCCAGACAAACCGAGAGACUCCGAAAACAUAGAUCCACAGCCGACAGACGAUGCCAACUCGACAGAGACAACGCCGACAAAGAAGCUGUUCAAAAUCCUGCAGUCCAAGAGCCGGCUCUCGAACGAGGCGGUGCCAGACCGGCCAAAGUCGAGCCCGUCGGUGCUACAGAAGAAGAACCCGCUGCUCCGACCGGAUCAGGGACCAGAAGGGACGGACGGGAACGGCAGCAGCGGCAGCGGCGAGUCGUCAGCAGCGAACCGGCCGGCUGGGAGACAGAGAAGCCUGAGCAUUGCAUCGAUGAUCAGCUCGCGGAGCAAAGGCCAAAAGGGGGGGGAUACCGGAGGAGAGGAGGGCGAGUACAAGAGAGGACGCGUAUGA